GCUGAAGCUCGUUUAGCAGCACGCCGGCAAGCCCGCGCUGAGGCUCGCGAAAUUCGUAUGCGCGAACUAGAGCGACAACAAAAGGAACAGGAGCAAAAUGCGGAUCGCGUAUUUGAUUUGCAGCAACAAUCAGUUAAUUUAUCGGAGACGGCAAACAUUAGCUUGACGCUACGUACAAGUCGAUUGGCAGUGCAGACGGCUACAGCUCGUGGAAGUGCAUUUUCGUCUCGUCGCAGUAGUGAGGACUCACUCGAAGAAGAGGGCCGUAGUUUGCGUGAUUUGCGGCAUGAGCUAAAGAACGUAGAGGAACGGUUCCGGAAAGCGAUGAUUGCUAAUGCGCAGCUGGACAACGAGCGGUCGUCGCUCAACUAUCAGAUACAGUUGCUUAAGGAUAAAUUGGAGGAGAUGGAAGAAUUGCAAGCGCAGCUACAACGAGAAUAUCGUGAGAAGUGUCGGGAUCGUGAAGCUAUUAAGAGGAUCAACGAUAAAUUAAUCGAGGAGUUGAAACUCACUAAAGGGCAGCUUUACGAUCGCGACUCACUAAUUGAGCAGCACGGUCUGGUUAUAGUGACGGUGGAGAACGACGAUGGAAGUGAUGCUAAUCGCGCUCUAGUCACAACAGAGAACGCACAGUUGCUUAAGUCAGUACCCGGUUCCUUAGAUAUUAGGCUUAAGAAAUUUGGAGAAGAGAAACAGGAACUACAAAUCGAGGUACAGUCGUUGCAACAACAGCUCAAUGACAUUAAGAACAAAGGACGCCGAAAUAUUGUCAUUAACGGUACAAGCGAUGAUGACUACGAGGAUGCACAACGUGAGUAGCAAAGCAAU